UAUUUGAAAGUCGCACACUGACAAUAUUUUGUUUACUUCCGUGUUCGGAACGGUUUUUUUGAACUCCUCCAAAAUGUCACAAACGGAGCUAAAUAAAAGCAUCGAAAUAAUAACAAAGACCGAGGAGUUGGCCGACAAGAUUAUGGCCAACAAACAGGAACUGAUGGUGAUGGAUAAAAGGCGCCAGGAAACACGGGAAGCAAUGCGUCUGAUGGAAAAGUCUGAGGACAAGAAAGUUUGGAUCACAAUUGGCAGCAUGCUGGUCAAAAUGGAGCGGCAAAAGGCCUUGGAUCUGCUCAAGAAAGAUCAACAGCAGAUUGAGCAGCAAAUUAACAUGAUUUACUCAGACCAAAAAGUGCUGGUCAAUAAACACCGCGAUUUAGAGUUCAAGUCACCCUUCUUGGGCACCCAUCUAAAGCCCCUGGAAAAGAAGGAGUUCGAUGCGCUUAAAGCUAAUCUACCAUUGCUGUGAAAAUAGUUACUUAAGUAAAGUUAUUACUAAACAAAA